CGAGGAGGAAACGCCCCUCGUUCCUGCCAAUGGCCGCUUUCUGUAGCGUACACAGGCUUUAGCCGGCUCAACUGUUGUUGCCUUCAUUUGAAAGAGCCCAUGUCAAAAUGUCUGCCGGUGUUAUGCUAAAGAGUUUACAUAAAGUUAGUAGGCAUUCAUUGGCGGUGUUGAGGGCGCCGUUAGCAGCUUCCUACCACACGGAGAGAGGUGUUUUUGGGUUCAGACCGCGGAGAGGAAACUCGGAGGAGCAGGACGCAGAUCUGCAGGCGCUGCUGAACGCACACUCCUCUCUCAAUCAAGAUCAUGGCCUGGCGCGGUUGGUAGAGGCCUAUCGCACACAUGGGCACAAAGCUGCUAAAAUUAACCCUUUAAUGCCCAACGCACCUCUUAUGGACAAAGUGCCAGAGAUCAGCAUCCUCAAUGGCAGCCUCCCAGGAACCCUUAGCACAUCUGGUCUGAGGCACUUUGGGAAAGUGGAGGCCAGGAUAGAGGAGGUGGUUGCGUACUUGGAGGACACCUAUUGCGGGAGGAUCUCUGUGGAGACCACUCAGUUGCAGAGUCUGGAGGAGAGCGUGUGGCUCACGGAUCGAUUUGAGGAGCUCAAGAAGGAGCGCUUCACUGCUGAAGAGAGGAGGCAGCUGGCAAAACUCAUGCUAGAAUCACAGGAAUUUGACCACUUUCUAGGCACCAAGUUUGCCACGGUGAAGCGGUAUGGAGGAGAGGGAGCAGAGAGCAUGAUGGGCUUUUUCUUCGAGCUUUUCCGUUCAGCAGCAAAGAGUGGAGUAACAGAUGUGGUAAUGGGAAUGCCUCACCGUGGACGCCUCAACUUGCUUACUGGACUUUUGCGUUUCCCACCUGAGUUGAUGUUUCGUAAAAUGAGAGGUCUCAGCGAAUUUCCGGAGAACUCUCCUGCCAUCGGGGAUGUCCUCUCUCACCUCACCUCUUCUGUGGACCUGGAAGUGGGCACUGGCCACCCCAUCCACGUGACUAUGCUACCCAACCCGUCCCAUUUGGAGGCCAUUAACCCUGUUACUCAGGGAAAAACACGUGGCCGACAACAGAUCAAACAGGAAGGGGAUUAUUCUAAUGACAGCCACGCUAGGCCUGGAGACAAAGUCGUCUGUUUACAGGUUCAUGGUGAUGCCUCAUUCUCAGGGCAAGGAAUUGUACCAGAAACAUUCACGCUGUCAAAUCUCCCGCACUUCAGAGUUGGUGGAAGCAUCCACCUUAUUGUGAACAAUCAAGUGGGCUAUACCACUCCCUCUGAGAGAGCCCGCUCUUCCUUGUACUGCAGUGAUAUUGGUAAGAUGGUGGGUUGUGCUGUGAUCCAUGUAAAUGGCGAUGAUGCAGAAGAGGUUCUCAGAGCCACACGGUUAGCUGUGGAGUAUCAGAGACACUUCAGGAAGGACGUUAUAGUGGACCUGCUGUGUUACCGGCAGUGGGGUCACAAUGAGCUGGACGAGCCGUUCUUCACAAACCCUGCCAUGUACAAAAUCAUCCGGUCGAGGAAGAGCAUCCCUGAUUCCUACACUGACCAGCUGAUCUCAGAGGGAUUGAUGACAGAGGAAGAAUGCAGUCAGAUUAAAACAUCCUACUACUCCAUGCUUAGUGAUCGUCUGGCCAACAUGACUUUCUAUAGCCCUCCACCCACCAACCUGCAGGGCCGCUGGGGGGAUCUGGUAGAGCCACAGAACAGAGUUUCAUCCUGGGACACUGGUGUGGCUGUUCCCCUGCUUCAGUAUGUGGGAGCAAAGUCAGUGGAGAUCCCUGAGGAGAUCCACGUGCACAGUCACCUUGUGAAGACGCAUGUAAAGUCGAGACUGCAGAAACUUGAAGCGGGAACUGCACUGGACUGGUCCACUGCUGAGGCGCUGGCGCUCGGCACACUUCUCUGUCAGGGCUUCGACGUGCGGAUCAGUGGCCAGGAUGUCGGCCGUGGUACAUUUAGUCAGCGUCAUGCCAUGGUUGUGUGCCAGGAGUCCAAUGACAUGUAUAUCCCUCUCAAUCAUGUUGACCCUCAACAAAAAGGCCAUCUGGAGGUGUGUAACAGUGCACUGUCUGAAGAGGCAGUAUUAGGUUUUGAGUAUGGGAUGAGUAUUGAACAGCCAAAACUGCUGCCCAUAUGGGAAGCUCAGUUUGGGGAUUUCUUCAAUGGAGCACAAAUCAUCUUUGACACUUUUAUCUCUGGAGGUGAGGCAAAGUGGUUGCUGCAGAGUGGCUUGGUCAUCCUGCUUCCACACGGGUACGAUGGAGCCGGACCUGAGCACUCAUCCUGCCGCAUCGAGCGUUUCUUACAACUGUGUGACAGUAAGGAGGAAGGCAUCGAUGGUGACGUAGUAAAUAUUUCUGUGGUGAAUCCAACAACUCCAGCUCAGUACUUCCACCUGCUAAGGAGACAAAUGAUCCGAAACUUCCGCAAACCACUCAUUGUAGCAUCACCCAAGACACUGUUGCGUUUUUCUGGGGCAGUGUCGAGCUUAGAGGAAAUGGGACCUGGAACUUCCUUCAAGCCUGUAAUAGGUGACACCUCUGUAAAUCCUGAAAGUGUGCAGCGUGUGCUGCUUUGCUCAGGCAAGCACUAUUAUGCACUGCUGAAACAAAGAGAGACACUGCCUGAGGCAUGUAAGAACACUGCACUGGUCAGAGUAGAGGAGCUUUGCCCUUUCCCCACAGACGCCUUACAGCAGGAGCUCCGCAGAUACAGCAAUGCCAAAGAGUUUAUCUGGAGCCAAGAAGAGCCACAGAACAUGGGAUGCUGGUUUUUUGUUUCUCCCCGGUUUGAAAAACAGCUUGCCUGUAAGCUGCGGCUGGUCAGUAGGCCUCCUCUGGCUGCCCCUGCUGUGGGCAUCGGUACUCUCCACAAUCAGCAGCAUGAGGCUAUUCUUACAGCCUCCUUCUCCUGAUGCAUAUAAAGCACUAACCCAGCUCGGCCCAGUGCAACACCUGAAGUACGGUACAGCUGCCACAGAGCACUUUUCCCAGCCUGCAUCUGUGCCAAUUUUUUACUGUUCUAUAUACACACCGAUAAGCCAUAACAUUAAAACCAGCUGCUUAAUAUUGUGUAGGUCCCCCUUGUGCCACCAGAACAACUCUGCUGUGGUGUCUGGAACCAAGACAUUAGUAGCAGGUCCUUUAAGUCCUGUAAGUUGCCAGGUGGGGCCUCCAGGGAUUGGACUUGUUUGUCCAGCACAUCCCACAGAUGCUCGAUCGAAUUGAGAUCUGGGGAAUUUGGAGGCCAAGUCAACACCUUGAACUCUUUGUCAUGUUCCUCCAUCCAUUCCUGAACAAUGUUUGCAGUGUGGCAAGGUGCAUUAUCUUGCUGAAAGAGGCCACUGCCAUUAUGGGGGCUACUUGGUCUGCAACAACGUUUAGGUAGGUGGUACGUGUCAAAGUAACAUCUACAUGAAUGCCAGGACCCAAGGUUUCCCAGCAGAACAUUGCCCAGAUCAUCACAGUGACUUUGCCAGCUUGCCUUUUUCCCCAUAGUGCAUCUCUUCCCCAGGUAAGCAACGCACAUGCACCCAGCAGUCCAGUUCUGAUGCUCAUGUGCCCAUAGUAGGAGCUUUCAGCGGUGGACAGGAGUCAGCGUAGGCACUCUGACCGGUCUGCGGCUACGCAGCCCCGUACGCAGCAAGCUGUAAUGCACUGUGUGUUCUGACACUUUUCUAUCAUAGCCACUUUUUAUCAUAUGAAUUUUUUCAGCAAUUUCUGCUACAGUAGCUCUUCUGUGGGAUCGGACCAGACGGGCUAGCCUUUGCUCCCCCCUCGCAUCAGUGAGGCUUGGGCGGCCAUGACCCUGUCGCCGGUUCACUGGUUGUCCUUCCUUGGACCACUUUUGGUAGGUACUAACCACUGCAUACCAGGAACACCCCACAAGACCUGCCAUUUUGGAGAUGCUCUGACCCAGUCGUCUAGCCAUCACAAUUUGGCCCAUGUCAAAGUCGCUCAGAUCCUUACGCUUGCCCAUUUUUCCUGCUUCCAACACAUCAACUUCGAGAACUGACUGUUCACUUGCUGCCUAAUAUAUCCUACCCCUUGACAGCUGCCUCUGUAACGAGACAAUCAACGUUACACACUUCAUCUGUCAGUGGAUUUAAUGUUAUGGCUGAUCGGUGUAUAUUUUCAUUUAUGUUCAUUUUUUCAUUAGAGUUUACAUUUAUGUUUUAAGGAUAUUAAGAUGAUGUUCAGAUCUACAGUGAAAAGUCAGUGAAAGCUAUAAUGUAUGCGGUACAGUAUAAAAGUCAUUUAUUGAAUACUGGUAAAUGAUGUAGCUCAAAAGGGGAAUUUUUAGAUGCAGUGUUAAAAGGAUGAUUAUGAUGGAGCUUUACUGAGGAAAUACGUCCUACAGACCACACACAUGUGCAGGUGCAAAGUAUUCAGAUGUAUUUAACAACAUUUUAAAUCCCUCAGAGAGGGAAACUGACUCAGUUUACAGAAGGCAAUCCCUGUAAUGCAAAUACUUUUACAUUAGUUAUGAUAGUCAAAACAAAACAAGUCAAAUUAUCACAAGAAAACCAAAAUCAUUAGUGUUUCUUGUUGUAAACAAAUGACAUUAAAUAUAGCCAAUUUGUCCAACUUGAAGAAAAUUUGAAAUUCAAUUGUCUUCCUAUAGUUUACAUAAUGAGAAAGUGAAAUGUUUAUUAGUAAUCAUUACGUGAUUUUAUAUGGUGCUGAACUGUCAAGGUAGAAUUUUCAGUCUCACAUAACAAUGUUCCGUAAGAAAGGGCUACAUCAGUUCUUAAUGAAUGUAGGUUUUCACUGCCAUGAUGUUUAUCCCUUGUAUAAUAUUUGUAUGUGUCUAAUAAAAGCAGAGAUGGACUGGUCACUGAAAAGUCUGUUCACCAACAAGUAUAAGAGACAAAUAUAUUUUUCUCUGGAUGCAGCUGAAUAUUAUGUUAUAAAUAUUAUAUAUUAUUAUAUAUUGUGUGUGUUAUAUUUCACAAAUUACGUUUAUAAAUUAUUGGAAAUAACCCGGCACUGGAAUUUUGGACAGUCUGCUUUUUGUUUAAAAUAUUUUACAUGUGACACAUGUAGGUUAACAUUCAACACCAAAGUCUAGUCCUUGAUUAAAUCAUACUGUCUAUGGUGGGUUUACUUCAAAUGUACUUUAGUUCAAAAUGUACUCUCGGGAAAAAGCACUCUGUAAUUACGGUAUUUCAUUUUCUUAGCAAAUCUGCAAUUCAGCUGUAAUUGACUACACUUUGACUUAUGACAUCGUGUCCCCUGUUCUUUGAGAAUCACUGUUGUACAUUUAAAGGAAUUGAACACUGAAAAUAAAUAAAUAAAAAAACAUGACUUUAUGUGA